ACAUCCGGUGCCUGAAAUGGACAAGUGCGGGGCCCCGCAUUGAAUAGCGCCCAAGCCCAGCCGCACUGCUCUGUACUACGAACAAUUCAGGCAGCGGAAGUCGUCGAGAUGGGGCUCAAAGAGGACAUGAAGUCGUUCCAUCCUACGCCAGAAAGCAUCCCACCACCAGGAGUGAAUUACAGGCCCGUGCUUCCUCCAGGUGUCCCCGUUCAUAGGCAACCAUUGAACCCUCUAAUCUUCCUACUGAAAGCCGCACAGAAGUACCCGCGCAAACUUGCAAUAGCGCAUCCGGACGUCUCACACCCUGUAUUCUAUUCUUACGAAGUCUGGGCGCAGCGCGUGCAGAACCUGGCCUAUGCUCUCAUUCAAGCUGGCAUACAGCCUGGCGAUCGCGUCGCGGUCAUCGCUCCGAAUUCACCGCUCAUAGCCGACGCGCACCAGGGCGUGCUUGCUGCUCGAGCUGUAAUAUGCCCCAUUAACACGCGUCUGACGCAGCAAGAAGUUGCAUACAUACUCGAGCACAGCGGUGCCAAGGUGAUCCUGGUGGACCAUGAGUGCGUCCACCUGGUGGAGGGGACGAAAGCACGAGUGAUCGUAGCGAACGAUACGGGCAAACCUGGAGACCCAUACGAGGACUUCCUGAGUGCCGGGAGGAGGUUCAGCGGAGAGAGAGGCUGGUCUGGCUUGGAGUGGGAGGUGGAUGAGGACGCCCCGGCUGUGCUCUGUUACACCUCAGGGACAACGGGUCGACCCAAAGGCGUCAUCACGACUCCGCGAGGAUCGUAUCUGGCGGCAAUCGCGAACGCUUAUGAGACGGGGAUGAAUCGCGACUCGACGUACCUCUGGAUCUUACCCAUGUUCCAUGCUAGCGGCUGGACGUAUCCCUGGGCGAUAACUUUCGCUUCUGCGUUGCAGAUCACGCUACGAACGGUAUCGUACCCCCUCAUCUGGAACCAUCUCCUGCACUCGGGAGUUACGCACUAUUGCGGAGCCCCGACUGUUCAGAUCGGACUGGUGAACGCACCGCAAGCCAGAGUCCUCGACAAGCCCGUGGUAGCGAUCAUAGCAGGGUCGGCGCCGACAGCGCAUCUGCUAGGCGAGAUGGAGAGGAGGAACUUCCGACCGGUGCAUGUCUAUGGAUUGACUGAGACAUAUGGCCCCUUUACUCGUUGUUAUGACCAGCCAUCAUGGGGAUCCAUCUCCGCGGACGACCGCGCACGACAGAUGGCGCGGCAGGGGCUCGCGUUCGCGACUUCGGACGAAGUUCGUGUCGUUUACACCCUCAAGGAAGGCGAAGACCCGUAUGCGGACACGGAGCUCGUCGACGUACCGAAGGACGGGAAGACUGUAGGAGAAAUCGUCGUGCGCGGAAACAUCGUGAUGAAGGAGUACUUUAGAGAUCCAGAUGCAACAAAGAAGGCAUUCCGUGGCGGGCACUUCGGCACCGGUGACUUGGCAGUGUGGUACCCUGACGGUUACAUCUCUAUUCAAGAUAGGAGCAAGGACAUCAUCAUUUCCGGUGGCGAGAACGCGUCGAGCCUCGCGAUAGAGCAAGAGCUUGCAAGUCACCCCGACGUCUUGGAAGUGGCUGUGGUCGCUCGGCCUCAUCCGCGAUGGAGUGAGCGCCCAAUGGCGUUCGUGAUACUACAUCCUCAACGCGCAUCAAAGUGGAAAGGUCGGCACAAAGACUUCGAGGAGGCAUUGAGGAAGCACGCGCGUACUCGUCUACCUGGCUUCGCGUGUCCUGAGUGGGUCUCUGUCGUUGACGAUUUGCCCAAAACCUCGACCGGGAAGAUUCAGAAGGUGGCUCUGCGCAAGACAGUGGCAAAGCUCUGAAGAUGUAUGAGAGACCCACAAGCUGGAGCGUCAGCGCAGUUUAAUCGCAAAUGUUGGUGUGGCAAGUCCGGCGACGGUUUGAAGUUUCGCGCCGAGUAACGCGCACGUGCCGAGAGCGUGACCGUGGCUACGCGUGACCGGAAGCGCCGGAGUGUGGCGCCCUGUUUAUACGUCUUUGGCUGCU